CGAAUUGCCACGGCGACAGGCCGUCAGGUUAUCUGGCAGGGAAUGACUUAAUGGCAUAAUCAUUUGUGGUUUUAUGGCUAACCUCUACGCACUCGAGCCGAGUCAAUUCCAUUAAUUCAAAAAAAUGGCAGCCGCAGCAGCGAAGAACUGGUCGGGGCUAGUGAAUCUUUACCUUGGCCAGGAGCGUGAGAAGAGGCCGGCGAGCAGCCAGCGCGGAUCGCUGACCAAGUCCCAUAUGGGCGUUCCCUUGACGAUGGGUGCUCCGGCAGCCAAGCCCACAAUGCGGUUCAUGCCCACCUACCGCCUGGAGUCCAAGAAUCCGCUCAACAAGGAGCGCGUAGAGAACAUCAUAAAGGCGGUCAUGAACCGACACUACAACGAUGAGUACAUGUUCCAUCCGAAGCACUCGCUACACAUGGCAGCGCAAGUUAGCGAGGAAAUCAAAAACCGUAUUAAACUCGACAACUACGACAGAUAUCGAUACAUAGUGCUGGUCACUGUGGGCGAGUUCCUGAUGCAGGGCCUCUACUCCAUGGUCAACUUCCUGUGGGAUGCUGAAAAGGAUGGAUUUGUGACCUAUAGCGUGGAGAGACCCUCGUACUUUGCGGUCUGCACCACCUUUUACCUGUACUACGAUUGAAAUCGAGAUUCCAGGUCCUUGACGCGUUCCAGUUGUUAAUAAAUUGAAGUUGAUGCUAGCA